CAACCUGUUCCCCAACUUCUCGAACUCGCGCUAGUAACGAUCCAUACUGUGAUGGCACAUACUAAUUUACCAGGGACUCCUAACCCGCCGCUAAGGAUUUUAUCUCUAGAUGGAGGUGGGAUCCGUGGCAAGUCAAGCCUUCUAAUCCUAGAAAAUAUCAUGGAAGGUAUUCGCAGAGAAAAAUGUCUCGAUCAGGUUCCAAAACCAUGCGAACACUUCGACUUCAUUGGAGGCACAAGCACUGGAGGAAUCAUAGCUAUCAUGCUUGGAAGAUUGGGAAUGACCGUGGACGAGUGCAUACGAUCAUAUGAUAAGGUCGCCCAAGCAGCUUUUACACCAAAGCGGAAUCGCCUUCGCAAAAUUUCAGGAAAGAGUACCUUCUCUGCUCAAGCUCUCGAGGGUGUAACCAAACAGGUUGUGAGGGAGUUCUGUACCGAUGAGUUAUGUGUCAAGCGACGGUCUGACGGCCAUUCUUCAGCCGAGACAUGUUCACAUAGCAAUCUUGAAUUGCGCCAUACAUCAUGUACUAAGACGGCUGUCCUCGCCAUAACGAAAGAUAACGUCGAUGCGCCGCCUACGAUCAUAUCAACGUAUGACACGUCUGCGCCUCUCAAAGGCUGUACUAUCUGGGAAGUUGUCCGUGCCACUUCUGCUGCUACGACAUUCUUUAAGUCUAUUCAACUUGGCCGGGAUAACAUCGAGUUCAUCGACGCGGGGUUCGGUCAUAAUAACCCUUGCGACAUCCUCAUCACAGAAGCUCAAAAACAAUACCCUGGGUAUGACCAAUUACUGGUGCUUAGCAUUGGCACUGGGCUUAAUGGCGUUGCAACUGUUAGAGACAAUGUAUUUUCAAUUGUUAAGGCCUUAACAAAGAUGGCGACAAGCUCAAAUCGGGUAGCAGAACGUUUGAGUAGACGAUAUGGCGAUGGCAUCCAAUAUUUUAGAUUCGACGUUGACCGAGGGUUGGAUAACAUCCCAUUGUCCCAUUGGGAGAAGAGUAGCAAAAUCUCUGCGCAUACAAUUAAUUACCUCAAUCAAAACCAGAGGAAAAUCAAGCGAUUCGUGGAUAGCCUUGUUCACGGUACAGGUACAGGGCCAGAAAUAUUAUCACAGGCUAUAGAGAAUGAGCCCAAUCGCGUGUACUUCGAGGUCCCCUUCCCCCAGAAUAAACGGUUCGUCGGACGGAGUUCAAUACUCGAUCAACUAGAGCAGAUGCUAUUCAUAGAGCGAUGUUCAAAAGUCGCCCUCGUCGGAUUAGGCGGCAUUGGUAAAACGCAAGUCGCUCUACAGUUUGCAUACUGGGUGAAGAAGAACAAGCUAGAAUACUCUGUCUUCUGGGUGCCAGCAUUAAGCAACGCAACCUUCGAACAGGCUUACGGUGAAAUAGCGAGGAAACUUCUCAUACAGAGACCUGGGGAGAAAGACACGAGAGUCGCAGUACGAGAUUAUCUGAGCUCGAACGAAUCAGGCAAAUGGCUUCUCAUCAUCGACAAUGCAGAUGAAACAGGUUUACUUUUCGGGCGUCACGACGAAUCUACAGGCAUCAGCCAAUAUCUCCCAAGAAGCGACAACGGCCUUACUCUACUUACCACUCGUUUUGGGGAGGUAGCUCAAUCUUUCGCAGAAAACGACAAGAUUGAGCUGUCAGAAAUGGGUGAGAAUGAGGCUCUUGGCCUCCUCAAGAGGUCGCUUGAUCGUGAUAGAUCGCAUCAUGACGAGCCGACAGCAAAAGAGCUUGUGCAUGAACUUUCUUACCUCCCCCUAGCAAUUAAACAAGCAGUAGCUUAUCUAAAUACCAAAAAACUUCCAAUUGCAGAAUACUUGAGGCUCCUGCGAAAGACUGAAAAGGAUAUGACUAGUUUGAUGAGCAAGGAAUUCCGGGACGAAUCCCGUUAUUCGAACUCGGCGAAUGCUGUGGCGACAACCUGGCUUGUAUCCUUCGACCAAAUACGUGAAGCCGACAAGGAGGCUACGUUUUUACUAGAAUUCAUAUCUUGCCUUGAGCCGAGGGCGAUACCUCAAUCAAUACUCCCCAUUUCUCAAACUGAAUCGCAAUUGGCCGAUGCAGUUGGCACUUUAUGCGCUUACAGUUUCCUCACUAGAAGAGAUGACGAUAAAACAUUCGACAUGCACCGUCUUGUGCAUCUAGGGGCUCGUAUUUGGGUCCAAAGACAUGACCGCACAGUAGAGAUGCUGGACAAAACGAUGAUUCAUCUCGAGGAGAUAUUCCCGCCAUACAGGGAUUUUACGGGGCGGAACCGAAGAUUAUGGCACGCCUACGCGCCACAUGCCCUCAGGGCCAUAAAUCAUAUCAGAGAACACAAUCUUCAGGAGAAGUAUCAAUUGCUUUUUACUGUUAGCGAGUGGCUAAUAAACUUUGGCCGGUAUGAAGAAUGUAUAGGGAUUCUUGAAGAGGUUUACCAGUGGGGACGAGUGCAACUUCCUGAAGACGAACGUUUUCGACUAAAUAUAGAAGAUAUUCUUUCGUGGGCUUACUCACGAGACAUGCGAUAUACAGAAGCAAUCGAAAUGAGAGAAGGCAUCAUGAAGGUCGUAGAAAAGUUAUAUCCAAAGAACAAUAAGUAUCGACUACGAUUAGAAAGAGAGCUCGCAGAUAUUUAUUACAGGUCUAGACAAUACGACGAGGCAACCGAAAUAUUGCGACGCAUCAUGCCAAUUUAUGCAACAAUGAAUGACGACAAUAACCGGCGACGCGCAGAAAAAGUACUUGCUUCAGUAUAUAGUCGUACCGGAAAAAAUAAAGAGGCGAUUGAACUAUUAGAAGAAAUUGUCACGCGACAGGCCGCAACGCUUCCGCAAGAUGACUUUAGUCGAUUGCAUUCGGAACACGAGCUCGGUCGCUUAUACAUCAAUAGUGGCUGCCAUGAGGAGGCAAUUGCAUUACUAGAACAUGCUGUGGCGGAGAAGCAAAAGGUAUAUUCAGGAAACAACUCGAAUCGAUUGGCGUCCGAAUACGAACUUGGCAGGGCAUAUUUAGAAGGGGGUCGAGUUGAAGAAGCAAUCGAAAUAUUAGAGCAUGUUACAACUAUACGGAAAGCUUUACCAGAAAACAACUCGAAUCGAUUAGCGUCCGAAUACGAACUUGGCAGGGCAUAUUUAAAAGGGGGUCGAGUUGAAGAAGCAAUCGAAAUAUUGGAGCAUGUCACGGAAGUGGAGAGUAGGGUCCUAGAAGAUGGUAUAGAAAGGACAGUAUCAGUAUUCCUGCUUGCUAAGGCAUAUCUCAAGGAUGGGCGUGUUGAAAAAGCAAUUAAAUUAUUCGAGCACGUCAUAGAAGUGGAAAAAAGAAUAUUGGACGAAAAUAACGCUAGUCGAUUAACAUCAGAACAUGAACUUGGCAGAGCAUAUUUAAAAGGGGGUCGGGUUAAAGAAGCAAUCGAAAUAUUAGAGCAUGUCACGGAAGUAGAGAGCAGGGUCCUAGAAGAUGGUAUAGAGAGGACAGUAUCAGUAUUCCUGCUUGCUAAGGCAUAUGUCAAGGAUGGGCGUGUUGAAAAAGCAAUUAAAUUAUUCGAGCACGUCGCAGAAGUGGAAAAAAGAACAUUGGACGAAAAUGAUCCAAGCAUAAUCAUCACAGAAGAAUGUCUUGAAUCUGCAUACGCUAAACUCAAGGAAAAUGCGAAACGCGAGCCAAGCGAGGAUCAUGAUGGGGUGAACAGGGGCAACCGCCGAGGAGAUGUCUAGCGGGAUAAUGUCUUGAUCUUCGCUACACCUGCAUCUGGAAAUGGGCACAGCACACUUCUCCAGCUUCCCGAGCUCCUCCUCUACUCCUAUUUACCU